AUGCAAACUCAGACUUCGAAACGCGACGCGAAUGCCGCAGGCAUUGACACCCACGAACAAGACGGCGCCAAACGGCACAAGCCUGAUGUCCAUACUGAUUUGUUGAACUCUCCGACUACCCCCGGGAUCACCGAACUUCUCAACCUCUCCUCCGGGGAACCUGUCACCCCGGAGUCGGCUCAUGCACGCUUCGCGCUCAUCGCUCAAUCCCUUCUGCACGAGCAUCGCAUAGUAUGGUGCAACGCUGCUGCCAGUGCGCGUGAGGAAUACGAGAUAGUGGAACUGGAGUUCUACUUGAAUAGUGAAGAACAUCCCGACCCAUAUACCCACGGCUCGGAAGAGCAGACUGCGCUUGGACAAUGGUACUUUCAUCGCGCGCCUCGCAAGACGCCAGCGCCUCAGCCAACUGCUGGGUCAAAACCAGCUGGUUAUCGUGGCGGCACGCGUAAAGGGCUCGAUAUCACUCUAGGUUGUCCACUGGGCCACACCGGCAAAAAGAUGCGAGGCGGCAUCUUGCUGCGAACGGUACGGCGCAUCUCGGAUGGGCGCAUCAUAUCGGGACCCUCCCUGCUUGUCGAUGAAUUACUUCGGGUGUCCUCGGCGACUAGUCUCACGACGCUUGUCGAUGAACACUGGAUAGGCAAUAUAUCUAUUGAUCACCACUCGCCAGACGCCAAGAGCUGGCUGAGCUUAGAACGCAUAGACAAAUCGGGCGCUUGUGGAACAAUCUACCACUCUCCACGGAUUGGUCUCGAUCUCAGUCAUUCAUCCGUCCAGGUGAACAAAGAGAACCCGCGUAUCCGUUUUGUAUGCGCUCAUUACCGCUUUUUCAUGCAUCCCGACCUACUCAUCGCCAACGGUCGCGGCCAGACGUUCCUAGGCGUCGUAGUGUGUGCCCAGAAGUGGUUCGGCUAUUCUCCUGACAUGCUUGUCUUGAAUGCACCAGGACGUGUGGGUCUGCAACAGAAGACAGCGAUGAAGUACCUGGAAACGUACCGCAAAGCACGAGAAAAGAAGAACCUGCGCGACUUCAUCGGGCCUGUCGGCAAAGCUGCAGGCUCUUCGGCCGUACCAUUCCUCGAGAUGGCCGGUGCCUUGAGACGCUAUCUCGAUCUUGAAGAACCUUGA